AUGCGGGCUGCUGUACCCUUCAACCAUAUCUCGUCUGACUUCCUUCAAAAGAAGUGGUACAUGAAGAACCCGACAAAGGCCGGUACUGUCAUGUCCAUCCCCGACAUUGUUUCUUCCGUUGGAUCACCUCUCUGCGGAUACCUUGUCGAUCGCUUUGGACACCGUGCACGCUACAUCCCUCUCUCAGCUGUUCUCUUGAUCUGGACCCAUGCUCAGCUUGGAUUCACGUCUAUCACACCUAUCAUCGGUAUGCUCAUCCUUGGUCUGGCAUACUCGCUCUUUGCCUCUGUUCUUUGGCCUUGCAUCCCAUUCCUCGUCAAGGAUCAUCAACUCGGUACGGCGUAUGGUCUUGUCACGAUCGCCCUCAACAUUUCUCUGACGAUCUUCCCCAUGAUCGUGGCGUGGAUUCUUGAUAUCACCGAUGGGUCCUAUCUCUAUGUCGAAGCGCUCUUCAUCAUUCUGGCCUUUAUUGGCCUCCUCCUCUCGAUCCUGCUGAACGUGCUUGAUCAUCAUCAAGGAGGCUAUCUGCAGUUGAACGGAGACCCCACAGCAGAGGGACUUUAUACUGAGGGUGGCUAUGAGGAUCAUAUCCAAGGCGACCACCACCAUGAACCUAAUCGUCAUCAAGCACAACACCAUCACGACUAUUACGACCCCCGUGAGCCUGGAUUUGAGUAUCGGCGACAGAGGAGAUACUCGCUGGAUCUACUUGGAGAGGAUGGGGAGGAUAUGGAUGAUAUCCAGGACAGAGUGACGACCAGGCCUGUUGGGGAGGGCAUCAUUACCGUCAUCCCCCAUCGGCGGAGGCACUCUAUGGCAGGGUUUGCGGGGCAUAUUGAGCGGUCGAGACUCAGGAGCUAUGCCCAUCAUGCACGGGAGGCUCCUGGAUUGGGUGCUAUCCCGGGGAGCAUGCCGCUUGAUCCCUCACCUUAUCUCUCCUCACGGCGAGCACCAUUUUAA